CUAGUAACAUGUAUGUGGCCACUAAAAUCAAAUACUUCAGUAUCCUCCUAAGGUAUCUAAAACCAGAUUGGUGAGAAAAAGAAAAAAAGAAAGGAAACAGAGAAAAGAAAAAAAGGCAAAAAAGGAAAUAUAUAAAGAAUGACUCAAUACUGUGGGACCCAGUUCUAAAUUGGGUGCCAGUAAGCUGAUGGGAGCAUACAGCCCUUGAAAGAGGCUACAAAAACCCCCCAAACCCCCUCACUUCCACCCCCUCCUCUCUUUCUCAUAAACACACAUACACAAAACCCAUACCUUAAUAACAUUCAAGAAAAUCCUCCUCUCCAUUUCUUCCAUAAACAAAAGCUCAAUUAUCACUAAUAACCUCAUUAGCAUGGCAAGGCCGCAACAGCGGUAUCGAGGCGUCCGGCAGCGUCAUUGGGGCUCGUGGGUCUCCGAAAUCCGCCACCCAUUAUUGAAAACUAGGAUUUGGUUGGGCACGUUUGAGACAGCCGAAGACGCGGCUCGAGCUUAUGAUGAAGCGGCGAGAUUGAUGUGUGGGCCACGGGCGAGGACCAACUUCCCCUACAACCCGAAUGGGUCACCUAACUCGUCGUCCAAGUAUUUAUCAGCCGCAUUGACAGCGAAAUUGCAUCGGUGCCACUUAGCGUCUCUCCAAAUGACACGACCGGCUGCUAAGGAGCCCAAGAUUGCUCCAGCGCCAAUCAAUGGUGAUGGUGACUCUGCAAGAUCGGACGACAUUGGUGCGCGGCUGAAGAAGCCGCUAGCCGGGCCACCGCCACCGGAGGCCAGUUGGGUCAUGAAAGUUCAAUUGGAGAACAAUGGCCAUCAGCAAUUCAGUGCACUAGAAGAUGCCCACAUCCAACAGAUGAUUGAGGAACUUCUAGAUUGUGGCUCUUUGGAGCUUCAAGCACCAGCUCUCUAGUCAACAAGACUCACAUGAUAAUGUAACUCAUUUAGUUCUUUUCUUUGGUUCCAACUACCCCAUAUCUGUAAUAGUAGUACUCUGGCCUAUGUCUAGGUUCAUGUUUUUGCUAGUGACCCAUCAGAUCAUAUGUAUAGUUAGAAAUGCAAUGUCUCAUCUUGGUUCC